AAUCGGAAGCAGGAAACCCUCUAACCGCGAGUGCGGAGUUCAAACCAAGAAUUUCAAGCAAUUUUCAACGUUUCUAAGAAAACCAAACACAUAAUUCACGUGUAAUACUAUACCGAUGACAUCAGUUUGAUAUAAUUCGCGAGCGUUACCUAUGCACGCAAGCGCAACAUUUUCCACGAAUCCCGAUCCCGCCUGACUAUCAGUUGCUCCCGUAUAUUCAGUUGCGUCGAGACGUGUCCAAAUUCUGUGUCGACGAUCAUGUCUGCAGUAGCGAAAGCGGAGGAGGAUCUGAUAUAUGUAACUGAAUAUGUAAAGCCGAUCUUAACAAUAGUCGGUGCAUGGCCCCUCCCGACUAAAUCCUCUUUACCCUCAAAAAUCGUACACAGAAUAGAGCACGCGCUUUCAUACUUCUUGUUCUUUUUAUUAAUCGUGCCUAGUUUAAUGUACGUGUUCCUGAAAGAGAAAAAUCCGAAAGUAAAGUUGAAGCUCAUGGGACCUAUAAUUAACUGCGCUAUGCAGAUCUUUAAGUAUACGAUACUUUUAUACCGGAUGAACGAUAUACGUCGGAGCUUAGACUCGAUUAGGCAAGAUUGGAUGGAUGCCACUGAAGAAAAUCGAUUGAUCUUUUUGGAGAAAGCAAAGACUGGAAGGAGAAUCGCUUUAACAGCGGUAAUCACAAUUUACGGUGGCGGCUUCUGCUAUCGGACGAUCCUGCCUCUUCUCAGAGGGACGAUUGUCACACCUCAGAACAUCACCAUAAGACUGCUACCGUGUCCGGCUUACUUCAUCAUCUUCAACGAGCAACUCACACCGAAUUACGAGAUACUCUUCCUGCUCCAAGUGUUGGCUGGAUUCGUCACUUAUACCGUGAUCGGCGGAUCUUGCGGGAUUUCUGCCCUCCUGGUUCUUCACGUGUGCAGCAUGCUCAGGAUCCUGUUUAAUAAGAUAAAGAAUCUCGUAGCGGGGAACACGGUUAUGAAUGAAAUGGAGGUAUAUCGCCGAAUCAAGGACGUUGUCGACUACCAGGCGAAAAUAAAAAGAUUUCUCAAAAAUAUAGAAUCAAUUACAGAAUACAUUUGCUUAAUCGAAAUGAUGGGCGGGACGUGCCUCAUAUGUCUCGUAGGAUAUUGUAUCCUAUUGGAAUGGGAAAACCAUAAUGCCACGGCCAUCAUUAUUCUACUCAUGUUAUCCACGUCUUUCGUGUUUUGCGUGUUCAUAUUCUGUUACGUUGGCCAACUUCUUGUGGACGAAAGUCAGAGUGUGAGUCAAAUGUCUCGUACGGUGGAUUGGUAUCUACUAGAAGCGAAGGAUGCGCGCUCUUUGAUAUUAAUAAUCGCUAUGUCUAAUUAUCCGAUGAGGCUCACGGCCGGCAAAAUGUUGGGACUGUCUUUAACAACGUUCACAGACGUAUGUAAAACGAAACUCAUCGCUUUAAUCAACUACACCGUACGAAUUUUCAUUUUUAGGUCAUGAAAUUGUCAGUGGGGUACUUGAAUAUACUACGUGAAGUCGUUUAAUUAGUACUGUAAUACAACUGUGUUAUAUUUUUAUUAAAAUUUGUUCUUGUCUAUGUCUAAAAUCAAACGUUAUAUACAUAUAUGUAUAUGAAGAGAAAAUUCUUUUAUCACAUACAUCUUUCAUGUAGUCACACCAGCAGGACGAUCACAAUUUUCUUCUCAUCGAUCCAUGUUGUACAUUCAGGAAAUGAAUCAACCACAAAAAAGUUCAGUUCCUAUAAAGAAUAGCCAUAGAUAAAAUUAAAGUGUCAAACAAAUUCUUCGUAGAACUUCUACCAUUGCUGUUUACGAACGACCACUUUAUGUGUAUACAUAUAAAUUUCUGUAAUGAACAACGUCAAUUAAAUGACUAUAAUAAUAUUUCAGUGAUAAAGAACAAACGCAUAUUUCAUUAGUCAAUUUCUUCUGGAAUAUGUAAAACUCUCACAAACAGAUGUAUCCAGCUUAGCAGGCAUUGUUUUCGAUGCAAGCGAACUUCACAUGCAAGUGGAAAAGUUCUUAUUGCAACUGAAGCAUCAUUAUUCUGUAGUUUCAUUUCAAGCGGAAUAUAAAUGUUAUUUGGUUUGAUAACAGUCCAUUGAACAUACAAAGUACGAAUCAUGUACCAAAUGGCCUAUGGCUAAUUCAAUGAAACUUUUCUCAUGCGAAGGGGGACCCACUGGCGCAGGUAAAUUUCAAAGCGAUCAAUUUCUGCUCGCGUCUAUGAUUUGUCUUCAGUAAGAGACUAAUAUCCAGUAAUGUCGUAACGAAAUGUUUUAUGGAGCCGGAAAAUUGUACGUACGCAAGCGCAGUAUUCACAGGUCGGAAUUGUCCUGACGACGGCGCGCGGCUAGUCGUACGCGAGCAUUCAAUAUGGAUAAAAUAAUCCCAACAGAGACUGCACAGAAGGACAUAAAAUACGCCACGCAGCUGGUGAAACUGAUUUUAGGUAUAGUGGGCGCCUGGCCAGUUCUGGCUACCGCUUCGUUCUCCAAGAAGCUCGCACAAAAGAUCAAAAACUUUAUCUCGUACUUCCUAAUUCUGCUGCUGCUCAUACCGGGUCUCGCGCAAAUAUUCCUGGAGGAGAAAGAAACCAAAGUUAGACUGAAACUGAUGGCGGCGAUGAUCAACGCGGGAAUGCAGUUCUCUAAAUACACUCUACUUCUGUAUCACGAGAAGAAAAUCAUACACGGUUUAAAUUUGAUCAAGAAAGAUUGGAUGAGCGCCACGCCCGAAAAUCGGCUGAUUUUUUUAGAGAAAA